AUGGAGGCACUACCGUUUCUGCCGUUCGUCCAAAUUCCGCCGAAGCUAACAGAAACGAACGUCACUCCCUCUUUAUCUGGUGCUAUUCGUGUGGCCAUCGCACAAACGGGGAGGAAUCCAGACGAGCAUCUUGGCGGCCUGCGUGAGUUCGAGACGCUGCGGAAUGCGAUGAUCGUUGCGAUCGGCGAUAGUGCCAUUCACAAGUCCUUUCUUGCUGGACCAAGGCUAGGGCUCAGCAUAUUUUCCGACGACUCUUUUUCGUUACUUAAUCUAAAGCCCGCCCUCAGUUAUUACGAUGUCUACGGAGACGCGCUUCGGCAAUAUGCCGUCCAGGCAACUUCGAUCUUUAAGCGCUUCAAUGGAAUUUACAUCGAGGGAAAUUCGUGGCAAACGGCGAAUCAAAAGAGGAACACUGUAAAGUCCGAUACAAUGGCGUUUGAGAUGGCCAGUGCUCUGUGGAACCAUUCGCAUUACCUGACCAUUCACGCGUUGCAUGAACUGUCGCUUGAAAACGACGAGAACAUCAAACAAGCAGCGACGAACUUCCAGCAAGCGGCCGGAUGCCUGACUUACAUUCUCGGAAAGUGCCAUGAUCUCCCUGGCAAAGAUCUCUCGCCUGCCAACAUCAAGCUGGGUUCAGUUCUUUUAAAUAAGCAACCAUUUAUAGUCCUGCUCAUGCUGCAGCAAGCACACGAAGUUAUUGUGAUUAAAGCUUUGCGCGACAGUAAACUGCAGAAAACUGCUGCCAAGCUAGCCUGGACCUGCGCCGAUUACUGUGAGCAGCUUGAAGCACUUUUGCCGGAAGAAGCGGGCUACAAAUCGUCGGAAAUCAAGUUUCUGAAGACAUGGAUCGUCUUCAAAAUGGAAUUCUUCCAGGCGAUUACUCAUUUCUGCCAGGGAAUGGACGCCGAGGAGAGAAAAGAAUACGGCCAGGCAGUGACGUACUUUAGGCAGGCGAGACAAUGUCUCGGAAACUCGCAGAAACAGGCGGCCAAGCUCGAUUCCGAUAAUGACUUGGCGGCGGCAUUGGGAUACGCGGACGAUGUUAUCAAUGGAAAAUGCACAUCCGCGGAAAACGACAAUGAGUUUAUCUACCACAUGGCCGUCAAGGAAAGCCUCCCACCACCAGGGACUAUUUCGAAACCUAUUGUGAACGCAGUUCCGUGGGAGCCAGACGAUCGAGAAUAUUUUGGAGACGUUAUAUCAGAAGAUAUCUUUAUUUCGAAUUCGAACUAUUCGGACCGCCUGGAUCAGCUUUGGCGGGACAUCAGCAAAGAAAUAGACGACAAAAACAAUGAGCUAAAGAGCUGUAAAGAAGCGCUUGUUAUUGCUGGAAUCGAUUUAGAGAGCGAGAAGACCGACCGAUCAGUUCUUCCUGAGAGUCUCAUUCAAGCAGCUGCACAAGCAGAAAAAAUGCGAAACAAUUGUUCGAAGCUCACGACAUGUCUCAAGUCAAUCAGCAAGUACGAAAGUCAGGUCGACGAAAAAAUAAAUGCAGCAGAGAAAAAAUUCGUCGCUGACGAAGAAAUGCUCAAAAACUGUCCACCGGGCGAUAGUCGAGCUAAAUUCGAUAAAGAUCCGGCUUGGCUUGCUCUUCAUGCGCGGAUUAUGAAAAUUAAGAAAGCCGCUGAUCAAUCGAAGGGCCCAACAUUAACAUGCAAGGAUGCAGCUUCGCUGAUGGCUGAAAAACUCGAAAUGCUAGGAAAGGGACUAGAAGCUGUUCGCGAGGAGCUCCCGGCUGUAGUCAUUUCAGACGACGACGCAGAAGCAAUAGGCAUGGUGUCGAUGCUUCUUUCCAAGAUCAGAGAAAUGGAAAAUCAACGAGAAGAGCAGAAAAAGCUGUUGAAAGACGAGCUCGAUGCGGACAACAUCACGGAGAUCUACAGACGUAAAAGAGACUCGACACAGCUUUACGAUGAAAAAUGCUCGCAACUGAUAAACGCUAUAAUCAAUUACGACAAGAUCUACGAGAAAUUGAUAGGAGGCCAAAAACUCCUCGAAAAGAUUCUCGGCGAACUUGCGAAGCUCGAUUCUCCACUGGAAUCCGCGGCAACGCAACGUUCGCAGGCACUACAAAAACUAACAGCCCCCAAACGCCCAGAAAAACCUAAACCGGUCGGGAACGCAACAGCUAAUCUUCCUAAAGAGAUGUUGGAGGAACUGAAAGCGCUGGGACUUGAAGAUGACCAAGAGUUCAUUGAAUUCUUAAAAAGCUCUGGCGAAAUGAAAAACGCUGCGAGCCCUUCCCAGCCGCCUGCAAACAUUCCAAAACUCCCCGGUAUAUCGCCGAAGAAAGUGGCAAAUGCGAUGCGCGGCGGGGCUCCUUCUGCUCGGAACUAUGAGCCACCAAAUUAUCAGACUCCAAUCAGACCCGUCAAAGCAGCUCCACCACAAUUUAACAGGCCAUUGCCGGCAGAUACAAGGAAUGUGCAGUCAUACAACGGUGGUCCUUCCGUUUCUGCAACUUCCGAUUUGCCGCCAAAAAUGAACUUUGAUUCGACAGUUCGACCCACCAAAACAAACGAAACUUAUAACUUUCCUGCUUCUACACAGCAAGCUCCGACCAUGAAUUCGCCAAAUGCUAGCUCAGAAGCGGCAACUGAACAAUUUAAAAAUGGAAAAACCGAGAUCAUUCCCGACCAAGGCACGAAUAUAAACGAAGUUGGUCCAUCAAAUACAGAUCAAGUUCAAUCUCAAGUGGACAUCUCCAAGUUUAAUCAACAACAGCAUCUCCAGCAGCAACGAAUGUUCAACUUUCAGCAGCAAGAACUCCAGAAACAGCAGUGGAUGAUGCAGCAGCAAUUCCAAGCCCAGAUGCAGCAGCAGCAACAGCAGAUUGAGAUGAAACGACGAGAACAUGAAGCAAAGCUAGCUCACGAACGUCGAACGAUGAUGGAGCAAAUGAAACAAAUGGAACAAGAGCGCUCGAAGCUAGAAGAUGAACGCCUCAAAUUCGAGAAAGAAAGAAAAAAUCACCAAGAUCAUGAGAAACCAAGAGUCCAGUAUGUGGCUCCUAUGCCUCAGAUGCCACCAUCCUCGAGCUUCCAAUCACAGCCAACUGGCGAGCAGUGGCUUCUCCAAUAUCGAAGCCAACAUCAGCAACAAAGUACUGGAGCUCCUGGGAGAAAUCCAACUCAGAAUUUCGCUCAAGCAAAUGUUCAAGGACCAAUGCACUACCCGGUAGCACCUGCUGGGCCAAAAUUUGUCCCUGUUUCUCGCCAAAGUCUUACAAGCUCUCCAGCUUCUACCCCUGCGCCUGCAACAAAGAUUAAACAACCUUAUCGGAUGCCUAUCAUGGCUAAUCUUCCCCAUCCAAUCAUGCCGCAGAUGAGCCAGCAGCCAGUACCUCGUCCAACUAACCCUGUGCAAUCAAGUCAAAGCAAUCACUCAGUAAUACGACAGCCCAACCAGCCUCCACUGUUGAGACCCACUAUCACCUCUAAGCCAAUUAACUCCAUCGUACCAGUUCCGCAGACAAACUCGAUCGCGACGUCAGAGAUGAAGAGUACUCAAGCGAAUCGAACUGAGAGCAAUUUCGAUUUAUUAUCGAACCUAAGCGAGUUCACUCCCUCACCUACAGAAAAGCCGACAAAAAUUCAGAACGCUCAAACGGUACCAGUUUCAACCAGCUUCGAAACGACCAAUUUGCUCAACAAAAUUUCCACACUUUCGGCUUCUCGCAUUACUCCUCGCCUGGCGAAAGUACCAGACCAUGCGAUUCACUUAAUCACGAAUACAACGUACCCACCUGACCAAUUUCGGAUUAUGAAUAAAACCAUCGCUGCCGCCCGAUGCUCCACGCAGCAUAAUCGCCAACAACAAUUGGUUCCCUACGAUGAGAACCGCGUUAUUCUUCGUGGCCCGGGGAAUGAUUACAUCAAUGCUUCAAGAGUAUCCACAAUGUGCACCAGUAUACCUUUUGCGAUCGUUAGUGAAACACCUCUCCCGCCAUCUCAAGAUGAUCUCUGGCGUAUGGCUUGGCAAGAAAAUAUUGAAAUUUUGGUGAUGAUUGCCUCUCCGGAAGAAGCUACGGAUGAUUCCAUCAUGUCUUGGCAUCCCAGAGGCUCGAACAGACAAUUUCCGCGGGCCGGAAUUAUCGUCGAGUCUAGAGUAACCGAGAAGUCAGAUUUUGUUUCCGUGUACAAUGUUACUUUGUCGAAACAGAAUAUCAAGCGCACGAUAUCUGUUUACGAAAUCACGCAGUGGGCGGCCCAGCUUACUCCUAAUAUCGAAGCUCUCGGUGCGGUAACCGCGAAGAUUGCGACACGAUUUAUCAAUCAGCGAUCGAAAGAUAUUCCUAUCACGUUCAUGAGAAUGGUGUGUACUCGUGCUAGACAUCGAAAGGAAGCCCAACAAAACAUCAACCAGGUGAAACGUUUCCUUGGAGAGGAACCUCAGGAGGAGUUGGACGAAAGGGACGAAGAUUCGCAUAGCCGUGCAGAUUCUCCAAGCCCGGAAAGAGACUCUAAAGAUCCAGAUUGGAAUCCAUAUGGUGGCAUAACUAAGCGCCGACCUGAACGAAAACGAAAGCCUGCAGCUAAAAAGUCUCCAGCGAAAAAGUCGAAGAAACCUCGUAAAACCGAGAAUACCGAUGAAUACAAGGCACCCUCCAAACGACGGAAGAAGACUUUUCCGCCUCAGGACAAUGAAGAUGUCGAGUCUACGCACACAACAAGGGCCACCUCGAAGAGCAUGAAACUUUCGGACAUUCCUUUAUCGAACGAGACAAUCCAGCCCCCAGCUCAAGAACCGUCAGCUCUUGAUCGAAAAUUCAAGGCUAAAUCCUCCAUUUCAUUUGCAGACGCGAUCAAUACCACGGAGAAAACCCCCUCUGUUUUGGAAUCCUCAGCAAAAGAAAGGAAAGCUAAGAAAAAGCAAAAGAAGACGAAAUCUAGCCGCGCCCGAGAAAAAGCUGAAGCCGAUAAAAAACAGUUGAGCAAGAAGAAAAAGCGCGGUGUCGAGUUCCAAAAAACAAAAAUUGUGUGCCACUAUUGCUCAGAAUCUCUCUACGAGCACGAGGAUGAACGCAGGAAUGCUGAGCACCCUGAAGAUGUUACUGUAUUGGUAGAAACUCAUCUGGCUAAUAGACACAACCCUUUUCCGAGAAGCUUCGGUAGAAAGGCAAUCUUUACUUGCUCGUCUUGCAAAGAAAAGUUCGAAACCGCAGAUGAAGCAGCUACUCACAAUCUCUACCAUCGCAAAACAAGUCUCCUUGAGCUGAAGACGAAAUACAACCUCUGCGAGUCAGACCUGGACAACUACCCAAAGCUUUUCACGCCCGAAGACUAUCUCUACCGAUUGACCGGAGAGGGCGACGAGAUGGCCGAAGGCGUUCUUCAUAAAAUAGAGCGCUUUUUGAUUCCGAACAACUCCAAGCGGAGCACUCCUAAAUGGCCGGAAUACAAAGUCUUCGAUGGGAUCCGCUAUUAUGAGAAGAGCGUCUUGGAUUCCGCCUUUUUCUUGAGGGCCGACUUUGACCCAGCCCUCCUCUCUAUCCAGACACAUGAAGAGACAAACGAGGAUGGAGUAACUGAGGUCUACUACAAUCAAGGGGACUUUCAACUGUACGUCCAGGACUUUAUCUAUCCUCCGGCGCAGAUCAUUCUCACUUUCGACGACGAAUCGUUAGAGGCAACUAUGGACAGCAAACGAUGGAUAGAAAGCUGCAAGACAGAAGUCGAAGACGAAGAUUACGAUGUGCCAAACGCGAUGUCCGGAGUGAUCUUCGAUACCGAUACGGACACGGAUGAUGAUGAUGACGAUGAAAUCCCGCUUCAUCUUCAUCCUGAAAUUGCGCUUUCAGUUGCUGGCCCAUCUACUUCGUUUGAAAACGCCCAUGACGUCUCCAUGAGUAGCAAUGACACGAUGGAGUCAACCGACAUUAUGAGAGACCUCGAAGAAAUUGAACAAGAGGAGAAAACGGGCACAGCUUAUCUUUCGGAAGAAGAGCAAGACGAAGUGGUCUCCGACGGAGAUUCCGACGAUGUGAUCUUCAAUGGAUCAUAUAUGCAGGACUUCGGCUUCGAUCUCAACCCACAGAACAACAAUAUCCAGCCUUUGAAAUACCGACCCGACCGACGAAAGCGAACCAAGCAGUAA